CGCUGGGGGGGCGGCGGAGGAGGGCCGGGGCUGGGGCUGGCCGCCGCGGACCUGGCCGUAGAUGACUGCAGAAGCGCAGCAGGCUCUGUCCUCUCAGCCCCCUCCUCCUCCGGUGCAGAGCAGCUACGGCCCCAUGUCCUCCGUGGCUGAGAAGCAGCCGCAGAGCUCGGCCAUGGACGCCGCCUCCGCGGGGACCGGCGGCGCGGCCGGCAGCGCCCCGGGCAGCGGCGGGGCCCCGGGCAGCGGCGGCCCCAAGGCGAAGAAGACGAACGCGGGGAUCCGGCGGCCGGAGAAGCCGCCUUAUUCCUACAUCGCCCUCAUCGUCAUGGCUAUCCAGAGCUCUCCCUCCAAACGCCUGACCCUCAGCGAGAUCUACCAGUUCUUGCAGAGCCGCUUCCCUUUCUUCCGAGGCUCCUACCAGGGCUGGAAAAACUCGGUGCGCCACAACCUCUCGCUCAACGAGUGCUUCAUCAAGCUGCCCAAGGGCUUGGGACGCCCGGGCAAGGGCCACUACUGGACCAUCGACCCGGCCAGCGAGUUCAUGUUCGAGGAGGGCUCGUUCCGCCGCCGGCCCCGCGGGUUCCGGAGGAAAUGCCAGGCGCUGAAGCCCAUGUACAGCAUGAUGAACGGGCUCAGCUUCAACCACCUCCCCGACAGCUACGGCUUCCAGGGCUCGGCCGGCGGGCUCUCCUGCCCCCCCAACAGCCUCUCCCUCGAAGGGGGCUUGGGGAUGAUGAACGGGCAUUUGUCCAGCAACGUGGAGGGGAUGGGCCUGGCGGGACACUCCGUGCCCCACCUGCCCGCCAACGGUGGGCACACCUACAUGGGCGGCUGCACCGGCUCCUCGGCCGGGGAAUACCCGCACCACGACAGCUCCGUGCCCGCGUCCCCGUUGCUCCCCGCCGGCGGCGUGAUGGAGCCGCACUCGGUUUACUCCAGCUCGGCCUCGGCGUGGGCGCCCAGCGCCUCGGCGGCCCUCAACAGCGGCGCGUCCUACAUCAAGCAGCAGCCCCUCUCGCCCUGCAACCCCACGGCCAACCCGCUCUCCUCCAGCCUCUCCACGCACUCCCUCGACCAGCCCUACCUGCACCAGAACAGCCACAACACCGCCGACCUCCAAGGCAUCCCGCGGUAUCACUCGCAGUCUCCGAGCAUGUGCGACAGAAAAGAAUUCGUCUUCUCUUUCAACGCCAUGGCCUCCUCCUCCAUGCAUUCAGCGGGCAGCGGCUCCUAUUACCACCAACAAGUGACAUACCAGGACAUCAAGCCGUGCGUUAUGUGAGCCGGGGCGGAAAAACCCCGGUGCUGGGGCCGGCCAGGCCGGAGCCGGGCGCUGAGCAUCCCCCAGGACGCUCGGGGUGCCAGGGGGGAUGAACCAUGUGCCAGCCUGGCUUUGGGCAGCAGGAACGGCCCGGAGCUCCGGGAAGCGGCGGCAGCGCGGAGUGCGGCCCCGGGAGCGAGCUGAGCAUCGGCCGGGGGUGCGAGCCCGCAGCGUCUUGUGCCUUCUUCUGCUCGGGGAGGGAUGGAGGAGAAAGCAAAAAGCAGCCCCCGCGUCCGUCCCGAAAGCCCCGACUGCGAGUUUGGGGUGAGGCUUUGCCGAAUGAGGUUUUGAUGCUUCUUAAAAAAAAAAAACAAAACCAACCAAAAAAUGAAAUUGCAAACUCAGUUUGGGGAGUUGGCAGUGAGCGAUGCCACCGGCUCGGGCUGAGGGGGCUGGAAAAGACCCCGAACUCAAAUCCCCUCGGUGCCGUCUCACUUCGAGCCCGGAAAAAUACAUUUUAAAAUUUUUUUUGUCCUUCCUUUUUUUUUUUUUUUUUUUUAAUUUUUUUUUUUUUUGCCGGCCAACACCCAGCAGGCAAAAAAAUCUCUCAGAGGGAUUUUUUGGAACUAUUAAUUGUGGUUUUUUUGCCUGCAUAAAGACUGCAGGAUCAGACCCUAUGCAGAGAGAACAAGGCACUUUGGAAAGAGACAGCCAUGCUCAUCCUGUUAUUUAUUCUACAAUUCUUUUUUUUUUGUUGUUGUUGUUGUUGUUGUUGCUAAUAAUCGAGACACGAAUAGUCUCAGUUGAUCAGUAUUAAAUCGGGGAAUCUCUGUUGGCAAUAUUUGCCAUAUAGGUUUGGGUUUUUUUAGUUAACCUUUGUAAAUUUGCAAGCGACCGUGGUCUCUGUGUAAAGACAAUCCUCCAUAUGUUUUUAUAGAAAUAUAUAUAUAAUGAAGGAUUAUUCCCCUCCCUCCCCUCUCUAUUUUUUUUUCCACCCUGACGUUGUACAGUUCGGUGACACCUAUUUUAAUUCUUUCUGCACUGUAUAAAAUUGUAAUUAUGUGGGUUUGUUUUUUUGAUUUUUUUUUCGCCUUUUUUUUUUUUUUUGUGUACGUUUUGUCCCUAAAGGAAAAAAAAAAAAAAAAUCCCGAAAUAAAACCUGUAUGUUAUUUGUACAUGGGCUUCACGAUUGUAUGAGCAGCAAAUAAACGAGCAUGCGGUGUAA